CUGUUCACGAAUGUUCCGAUCGGUGAAACAAUUGAUUAUUUAUGCACCUAUAUCGAAAGUAACGGAAUUGACGUAGCUCUACCGACAGAUGACCUUAAAGAAUUAUUAUUCUUCUGUACUCACAAUGUGCAAUUCAAUUUCAAUGAGGAAAUCUAUCGCCAGAAGGACAGUGUAGCAAUGGGAUCCCCUCUAAGGCCCGUGUUUGCCGAUUUGUUCAUGUCUAAAAUAGAAAACAGUCCACUUAAAACACAUAUCAAACAGUGCGUACUGUAUAAACGUUACGUAGACGAUAUUUUGUGCGUGAUCGAUGAUGCCAAAGAAAGACUUUUAGCGUUACAAACCACUUUUAUUGAUCAAGUGGCCAUUAUGGACGAUUUGAACCUUUUCUACCGAAUCAAGUAUGCUAACUUCUGUGCUGAUACUGUCCGGAAAACAAAAUUGAGUACUAUAACAAAGCUCCAGAUAUCUCUACUGCAUAGACUAGCGGAAAAUCGGUUCCCGAACCAACCCGAAAAAUUAGUUAAGAAUCUGUCAUCGGUCGAACUGAAUGAGCUCCGACUGCAAGCACUUUCGUGUGGCCUUCGCUUUUGUGUAGCUCCUAAGAAAAUCAACAGUAUUGAUUCACAGGCUCAGUUUGAAUAUUUUUUCGAACAACUUAAAAUGCUUAAAGCAACUUCAAAAGACGCGGAGUCGUGGAUAAAAGCGAAACUGGUCGACUUGGAGCGUCAGUACCGAACAACACCUUCGAAACAAAAGUCACUUCUCACUCCCGAGCAUGUAUCAGCUUUACAGAAGUUAAGGGAAAAGUCCGACUUGAUCAUUUUACAUCCUGACAAAGGAUCCGUGGCUGUUCUAAUGGCCGUGCAGAUUACCAAAGAAAGAUGGACUGCAUCCUCAACGACCCUAGCAAGUUGUUACGAGAAAAGACAUGUGACGAACCAACAGAGCUGGAGCAUAAAAUUGUCUCUGAAGUUCAGUUCUUAUUGGAGGGACAUUUCAUUGAUGAGAACACUGCCCGAGCUCUGA